AUGGGACGACGAAAGAAAAAAUCUAGCGAAGUCGAGGACUCUGCCAAUUAUGUGGACAUGGGAGCCGGCGAAUCUCCGCUGAGUCCUGGUGAGUCUUCCCCACGGCGCAGCACACCAUCGCGAGGUGAUAAUAGUGACAGCGAAAGCAUGGAACGUCGAAGACGCAUCUUUGAACAAGAAUACAAAAGCGAUGGGGAAGAGACCGAUGCGGACGGCGACACCUACUAUACGGCCGGUGUCACCACUAUUUUGCGUUAUCGCGGGUUCUCGACUUCCAUUAAAGAUUUCUUCUUGGACGAGUCUCUCGUGUGUGCCAGCAUUGGUUGCUUUGGAUUGUUCUUGAGUAACCGCACCGAACACUUGCUCCAGCUACGAAAUGAUCGACGAGGGGUUCGAUGGGGACGAUCUUCCUCCAAAAACUCGUUGCCAUCUCGUAUCAUUGCGUACGCUUUGUUGUUGACACUCGCUUUGAUUGGUAUCACUUUUGUUGUUUGGGGAUUUGGUACUGGAAAUGCGUCUCCCAUGGCACAAAAUUGGUAUGAUGGAUAUGAUGUCUUUGUCGAGACGGACGAUGCUUGGAAAUGGGAAAACAAAAACAAACAAGCUCAGAUUGAUGAUGAUCAGUACCGAUACUGGUUUGCCGAUGAUGAUGGCAAUAAUGCUACCGAUGAUCAGUACUCUACCAACGAUGAUGGCAGUAGUUCCAGCAACAGCAAAUGGUACAACAGUUGGUACAACAAGAACAAGAACAGCAACUACAACAAUGAUGAUGGCGGCAGCAGCAGUGGAAACUACACAACGGAUGACCAAUACAACAAUGACGAUUACAAUCGUCAAUUGGAGAUUUCGCCCACUGGCAAUGUUGUCCAGCAACAGCAACAGCAUCCGGUUCAGGGUAUCUUCAAGUUACGAGAUAUGGAUGAAUCGCUAUGGAAACCUGCCAUUGCUUUUUUAAAGGAUGAAUGGAACCGACCUGAUAGCUACAAUGGCAAUUAUCAUCAUAAUGAUCAUCACGAACGCCGCCUCUACGAUUCCAUGUACGGUGGAGAGACUGACGAACGAGACCUGGCGUCGGAUGUAAGACUUUCAUUAAUGUUUGCCUUUUUGAUUGUCUUGGGCAUCUUUGGACGUCGUCGCCGCAUGCGCACUCGGUACUACUUGGUGCGGGCUCGGGCUCAAGAAGAUCACCUAUAUUAUGCGUCGGCUGCCGCUGGACUCAAAAAGGUUACCUUUCAAGAUUCAAGAGAAGAUCAAUACGAGGGGGCUUGUAGUCACACACUCUGUGGUUGUUACCCUAUUGAUCCCCCGGCGGAAGGCGAAGAAGUGGUGGACGAUGAGAUUCAUGUCGAUGAGCUCGGAGUCACGGGACAAAAAAAGAAGCGACGUGUAGGAGAUGUCAUGUCUAGGAUGUUCUCUUGUCUCAUGAGCUUGUGCUGUGGUGCUGUCUGCAAGUUUUGGUGUCAAUGCCUCAGUAUUUGCGCCUUGGCCCAAGAGGCCCGCGAAAUACGAUUGUUGGUCCCCACACGAUACCAACGACUCGAUUACUUUACCCAUCAGCCCUUUGUGGAAUACGCCAAGGAGAUUAAUGAACUCCGUCGCGGAUGGCUGGGCAAGGAUCGCAAAAGGAAUGGCGUUAUGCCACACUUUAAUGCGCUCUCCAAGUUGAGUCGGUACAUUUUGAUCUUUUUUGCAUCGGCGGUCGUCAUCAUGACAGUCACUCUAGUCUUUAAUCCACGCGCCAAGUUCUCGUGGCCCGAUAUGGUCAUCUUGGCGGCUACUUUUGGACAAUCGUUCAUUGUCCUCCUCAUUGUCCACUCGAUCUUCCAUUACAGUGAUCUCAGUUUGGAUGCCGUCAUCAAGUUCUUUGCGGCUGGAUUCCUGGUUGCCGUCCCAGCAGCCUUUGUAUUUGAAGGAAUCUUGGUCAAUGUUUCACUCUUGCUCGGCUACCUCUGUUACGCGCUUGGAGAAAAAAUUGCAGGAGAUAAUUUCACUUACUUUGUCAUUGGGAACAUUAAGAUCUUUUGGUUCGUUGGAGAAUUGUUCAGUGCCUACUUGGUGGCUGCGUUGGUCGAAGAAAUUUGCAAGUACUACACAUUCCGAACGGUCGAACACCCCGACUUGGUAUUUCUCACUGGACUCCAACGAUCUUCACAAGACGAGCGUGUCAUUGAAGGUGGGAUUGUCAAGUAUCCCUUUGGAUCCCAUCAAAUUGAGAAUACCAACCGCAAGGGAGGGACUUCCUACGACGAUGACGAUGCCGACCGUGAUACCAAGUACAAGGGCAACUCUCAUCGCAAGAAUACCACCGAUGACAAGUUUGACCUUACCAAGCACUUUGGAGAAGAUGGUUUUAUGGAGGAAGAAGAACCAGAUGUCCGAACCUUUCGCCAAAAGGCUUCUGCUGUCACUACUGGAAUGAUCAGUGUUGCAGUCGGUCUUGCUUGCGCCGAGAACUUUGUGUAUGUCUUCCUGUUGGGUGGUACCGCUGCCAACAGUGGUGACGCCGAAUCUGGAGGAAUCUUGGAAGAAUGGCUCGUUCUCCUGUUCCGAUCUUGCUUCCCUGUCCACGCUCUUGCCGCUGCCAUGCAAAGUGUCAACGUCAUUCGCAAGUUCAUUGAGACCAGAACCGACAAUGAUAACCACCGAAUUGGAAUUGGAAGAAUUGUCUUUCCUGCCAUUUUGAUGCACGGAACCUUUGACGCUGUCCUAUUGUCAGUCAAUGUGUACAUUGAGACCGUCUGGGAGAAUUACUUGGCCAAGUACGGUGGAAAGAUCGAUCCCGACGACCCUCCCUACGAUGCCAUGACACUGAACAUUGUGGCAUUUACAAGUAUCGCCUGGGUCAUGUUGGUAGGAUUGAUCUGGUACUGGCGCGAGUUCCGCAGCCAGAGACAACGAUUGAUUGUCUUGGAAGAAAAGGAAAAGGCCAACAGUGACAGUCUUCCAGCUUACACGAGUCCAUCAGAUGCAAAACCAGCAGGGGACAUUGAACUAGUCUAG